AUGGUCAACAAUGGCUCCACAGUGUCUGAAGGACAUCAUGGCUGUAAGGGAAGUACUCCAGUCUUCCAGGGCCAUGCUCUGCUAAAUAUAAACUCCGCAAAUAACUUGGGAACGAGGGACUGCGACCUGGAGCUUUUGUCUGGAGCUGCCAGCUGUGAUGCAGCACACACGUCCUUUGAUGCAGAGUGCCCCCACCGGGGCUUUAGAACCCUUCCAGCGGGGACACCUCGCCCUGAGGUGCCUCGGCUGCGGGCCCUCGGGGGCUGCGGCUGCUCCCCCCCUCAGGAGGCGGCGCGGCCCCGGCGUCCGCCCGCCGCCGACCUCCGCGAGCCUCCGCGGGCUCCCGACGCAUGCGCGCUGCCGCCAGCGGUGCCUCCCGCAGGGACGGGGCCGCCGCAACGUGUUGCGCGCUGCAGCCCCCCGGGCUUGUGCCUGCUGCGGCUGCUGCCUUCUCCUCCUCCUCCUCCUCCUCCUGCUGCUGCUGCUGCUGCUGCUGUUCCCAGCCUGGCAGGCUCCAGCUGCUCGCAUCAGAUCCUUAAAGGACCUCUGCGCUCCCGCAAUUCAUUCCGGUGCUGCUCUCUCCUCCUCCUGCUGCUGCUGCCAGCCCCCGUUGAGCCGCCCCGCACGCUGCAGCCCGGCGUUUCCAUGCAUUGCCAGCCAGCCGCGGCGAUAGCCAGCACCGCCCGCACGCCGCUCGCCCCCCGCCCCGAAGCGGCGGCGCGGGGACCUUUCUGCCGGCAGGAAGGACCGGUGUAAGUUUAUUUGCGCCUUCCGCUGCUGUUGGCAAGGCAGCG